AUCAGAUAAACUGAUGCUACCGUACCUACGCUACUUACUUCUUACCAAUUAUUAUUCACGUUGAAAGCCUAAUAUCUACCGGCGCGUACCAUUCUCGCGAUACUAAACUGUACUCAGAGCUCGAUAACUUACCCCGGAACUCUCCGUCGUGUGUUUAUCAGCAUGUCGGCGUCGCACGCCACCCUUAGCCUUGCAGCCGAAGAUCGUAAAUCGCGGCUUGCCAAGCUCAAGAAUCUGAAGCGCAAACAGCCUGCCGACGAGAUCGUUGCACCUGAAUCCGAGCACCCUGCAUCGCCACCUGCCGAGGUAGAUGUUGCGGCCCUGCACUUAUCUGGCCGUAACUAUGAUGUCGAGACGAGAGGCCCCAAGCUGGGCUUCGAAGCACCCCCAACACUGGCCAUGCAAGGUCCCACGCUCGAGGAACAGGCCGCACUCGUAGAGAAGGAAGCCCUAGAAAAAGCUGCCGAAGACGCCAAAGAGAACCAGGGAAUCGACCUAUUCAAGUUGCAGCCUAAGAAACCGAAUUGGGAUCUCAAAAGAGACUUGGAUAAAAAACUUGAAGUGUUGAACGUGCGCACCGACAACGCUAUCGCAAAGCUGGUUAGAGAGCGCAUAGCAAAUGCACAAGCUGCGGCGAAGAAGACAUCUCAGCCUAUUGCGAACGACGGCGACGACGGCAGCGCAGAGGCAGCGGGCAUGGAUGGUGUGGCGCUGGUUGAAGGAUUACGAGUGCGAGAACGGGAAGAGGAAGAGGAAGAGCGAAAGGAGCGCGAUGACGAAGACCUGGCGUAGAUUCACAAAGUCUCAUGAUUUGCAUUGCACGGCGUUUGGUCACUGGCAUAAUUCAGCACUGUUCUAGGGGGUGUAUACCAUUACUUGUGUUUAGGCUUAAUGAGAUUGGCUUGGCUCAGAGUAGGUAAAUUCUAUGAUACCCGUUAUUACCGGUCGGCGUUCAUGGCUUGUGUAAGGGCCAAUCGUUUGGAAAAUGGGCUAAGACUCCGUUCCCGCG